AUGAGAGCAUCUUUCCUACUCACUCUCUUCCUUACGGUCUUUGUUUCUGCGGCACCUGUCGUAGAAAUACGAGAUGAUACCCAAAUUACCUCUAACAUACUUGCGCCAUUUACUAUACUGGACAAAACCGCUCAACCCGUAACACGUCAAAUUACUUUUAAUUUGGCUCCAAUACAAAUGGCUCCUGAUGGAUAUUCGCGUACUUUAUAUGCUGUAAAUGGUCAAUAUCCUGGUCCUAUGAUUCGAUGUAAUAAAGGUGAUCAGCUCGUUAUAACUGUUAAAAAUGAACUUGGUGUUUAUACCACUGUUCAUUGGCACGGUUUAUUCCAAUUAGGAACUACUUGGUACGAUGGUGUUCCUGGAGUAUCUCAAUGCUUGAUUCCUCAUCAGUCCAAUUUCGUGUAUAAUUUCACCACUGCUGGCCAAAGUGGAACUUAUUGGUGGCAUGCUCAUUACAUGGCUCAAUAUCUUGAUGGCUUGCUAGGCGCUUUGAUCAUUCAUGAUCAUGAAGAUCCUUAUUUGACGGCAUACGAUUAUGAGUAUGUGGUCACUUUAACUGAUUGGUAUCAUCAAUCAUCAAGUCAAUUAUUGAGUCAAUUUUUAACACCAGGAUAUAAUGGUUCAAAUGUUACUGCUCCAUCAUCCGAUUGUAAAUCAAACUCCGAGUUGGCUGUUUAUAAAGUUACAAAAGGAAAAAAAUACAGAUUUAGAUUAAUUAAUACUAGUGCACAGGCUGCUUUCAUUUUUUCAAUUGAUAACCAUCCCAUGAAAGUAAUUGAAGUUGAUGGUAUUAUCGUAAAAUCUUUCGAAAUAAAUCGUAUUUCUAUGCAUGUCGCUCAAAGAUAUUCUGUAAUUAUUGAUGCAAAUAAUGAUGUCAAGAACUACUGGAUUCGUGCCACUUUAUCUCCUGAAUGCAUACCACAUUCCAAUACAACAAUCAAUUUUAAUUCGGCAAUCAAUUAUAAUGUUACUGCAAUACUUUCUUAUGAUGGAGCUGAUAAUAAAGAUCCUGAAACUAAUGCAUUCACUGAUUUUGUUCGUCCAUGCAGAAAUCUUAAUAAUAGUUUAAUAAAACCCUAUUUUGAGAGUAAAUUAUCUGAUAAAAUUGUAGACACUUCUUCUUAUAACGUAACUUUCGGUACAACAGCUAAUAAAGUUAAAGCAGCAUUUAUAAACAACUCAAGUUAUGUUUCGGAUUUUAACAGUCCAACUGAUAUCAAAGUCAUUACAUAUGAUAUUGAUGCGAAAACUUUACCAACAAGCCAAAAUAUAAAAGAAUAUGAUGAUAGUCUCUAUGGUGGUGUUGCUGAAAUAAUUGUGUAUAAUUCUAAUCAAGCUAACCAUCCAUUCCACUUUCACGGUCGUACUUUCUACCUCGUGGGAGAAGGAGAAAAUGGAACUAAAGUCGACGAGUCUACAUUUAAUUUAGUUGAUCCACCUAUACGUGACACUACAGUGGUGCCAGCUGGAGGAUGGACUGUUAUAAGAUUUAUCCUUAAUAAUCCUGGUAUUUGGGUAUUCCAUUGUCAUAUUGAGUGGCACAUUGAAUUGGGGAUGUUAAUUCAAACCGUUGAAUCACCCAAGGCUUUACAAACCUUAAAAGUACCUGAUAACGUUAAAGCCUUAUGUAGUAAUUAUGGCACAUAG